CCCAGAUAUGUUGGUAAAUCAUCGAGGCCUUUGGGACUGAUGUGAAUCUUUUCAUGUUUGUCUUUGGAUUUUCAAACUGAUGAUUUGUGAUACCGGAGCAACUGAUGUGGAAACUGAAGUGGAUGACUUGACGAAGGAGCUGGGGAGCUAACAGCACAUCUCAAGUCAGAACACCCAGUCCACAUCCAGGCCUAGUGUAACAAAAUCAGACCAACAUCAACACUCGGCUCCAUCCCUGGCCGUGAGGACAACAAGCUCUCUGACCUAUCUGGACCAGAGCGGUCCCGCGAUGGGGAAGACCGGGCAGACUACAGUGGACUUAAACUCCCCGUCAGAAGUCAAACAAGCAGUCCCUUCUGAGGACCUGGUCUCCACAGCGCCUCCUGCAGAUCAAAAGGAGGAAAAGGAAGUUCCUCCUGACAGGGGAAGCUGGAAGGGAAAAUUUGACUUCCUGCUGUCAUGUGUAGGAUAUGCCAUCGGCUUAGGAAAUGUGUGGCGAUUUCCUUAUUUGUGUGGCAAAAAUGGUGGAGGAGCCUUCCUGAUCCCGUACUUUAUGACCUUGGUGUUUGCUGGGAUACCUCUGUUCUUCCUGGAAACGGCUCUGGGACAGUUCACCUCGGUGGGGGGGCUAGGGGUGUGGAGGCUCAUUCCCAUGAUGAAAGGUGUUGGUUUGGCUGCUGUUGUCCUGUCGUUCUGGCUAAACAUCUACUACAUAAUCAUAAUCGCCUGGGCUCUUUACUAUUUAUUUAACUCCUUCAGCUCGGAGCUGCCUUGGCAGAGCUGUGAUAACCCCUGGAACACCGAAAGCUGCUUCUCCAAUUACAGCCUGACAGACACAACCAACCUGACCAGCGCCGUCACCGAGUUCUGGGAACGUAACAUGCACCAGAUGACCGACGGUCUGGAGACGCCAGGAGAGCUGCGCUGGCCUUUAGUGGGCACCCUGGCGCUGGCCUGGGUUCUGGUCUACUUCUCCAUCUGGAAAGGGGUGGAGUGGACGGGAAAGGUGGUUUAUUUUUCUGCCACCUAUCCCUACGUCAUGCUGUUCAUCCUGUUCUUCCGUGGUGUCACGCUUCCUGGAGCCAUCGACGGCAUCCUGUUUUACAUCACUCCCGACUUCAAUAAGCUGAUUCGUUCUGAGGUGUGGCUGGACGCAGCGACUCAGAUCUUCUUUUCCUACGGAUUGGGCCUGGGCUCGCUCAUCGCGCUCGGAAGCUACAACACUUACAACAACGACGUCUACAAGGACGCUAUCAUAGUAUGCUGCAUUAACUCGUGUACAAGCAUGUUUGCUGGGUUUGUUAUCUUCUCUAUUGUAGGAUUCAUGUCCUACAUCACAAAGAAACCAGUGCAGGAACUGGCAGCGUCGGGUCCGGGUUUGGCAUUUCUUGCCUAUCCUCAGGCUGUUACCCAACUCCCCAUGUCUUCCCUCUGGGCCAUCCUCUUCUUCUCCAUGCUCCUGAUGCUCGGCUUGGACAGCCAGUUUUGCACAGUUGAAGGAUUCAUCACAGCCCUCAUGGAUGAGUAUCCUUUGGUGUUGAGGAAGAGGAAGAAGGUCUUCAUCCUGAUCGUUUGUUUCAUCUCCUUCAUCAUUGGCUUCUCCAAUAUCACUCAGGGCGGUCUGUAUGUCUUCAAGAUGUUUGAUUACUACUCUGCCAGUGGGAUGUGUCUUCUCUUCCUUGUCUUCUUUGAAACCAUUUCCAUAUCCUGGUUUUAUGGAGCUGAACGAUUUUACAAAAACAUUGAGGACAUGAUUGGUUAUCGGCCGUGUGUCUGGUGGAAGCUUUGCUGGCUCUUCUUCACGCCUCUAAUCUGCCUGGGGGUCUUCACCUUCAGUGCCUUUGAAAUGACCCCCCUGACCUUGGGGAAGUAUGUGUAUCCACUGUGGGGUCAAGUGAUUGGAUGGUUUAUGGCUUUGUCUUCAAUGAUCCUCAUCCCAGGUUACGUGAUCUACAUGUUCUGCACUACCAAAGGCAGCAUCAAACAGCGUUGGCGGAAGAUGACAACUACCCAGGAGGAUGAGAAGUCAUCGGGACUGGAAGAAUUCACACACACAGGAAACAUGGGUGAAGCUCCUGUGUAGCCAGAACUGCUCAGACUAAACCGUUCUGACUUCCAGGACUUAAUGCGAUCUCUGCUGAAAUGUAAAAAAAACAAACAGGGCAACAGAAAUCUCUAGAGGAAAAGCACUUCACUUCCUCAGCUCCAACCCACAUUGUGCUGGAAACCUUUCUCGACAUGUAGUGGACAUUUGCAUGUAGAAGUAAAGACUCUGAAGAUAAACUAAGAAUUUAUUUAUGAAUGAAACUCUGUACAUAACCUGCAUGUACCCUGUUAUUGGCUACAAUAAUGUAUUAUACCGGGGUUUUAUGGGAUUAAGAAAAACACAAAGUAGCACAUCAUUACGACGUAGAAUAAAAAUGAAAGGUUUAAUUUUUUUUUUUAUGAAUCAAAAAUAGAAAAGUGUGGUAUACAUUUGCAUUAAGCCCCUUUUACUCUGAUACCUCUAAAUAAAAUUUUGUGAAACCAACUGCCUUAAUAAUUCAGGUAAUUAAAGCAUUCCUGUGAGUGAUUUGAUGUCAGCAUUUGUACAGGCCUCAGAGGUUUGCUAAACCACGCUAAUGAACAAACGAUACCAUGAAGACAAAGGAACACGCCAGCCAGGGAUAAAGUUGUAAAGGAAGAGUUAGUCAUAAUUUUAGCAAAAAGUGGUUCAGUGAAGUAUUGAUCCUGGGGGACUAGAUGCAAAAGCACAGCAUACAGUUUUGAUUUUCAUUUGUAAAAAUAUUUUAAAAAACAAAUAAAUAAAGGGAUAGGGACAGUUCUACAAGGCACUGAAUAGACUUUUCCUAUAAUGCGUUCAUUAUAUAAUCCUUACAAGUUCCACAGAAAUACUGGAGUAUUUCUAAUUUAAUUUAAAUGUAAUUAAAAUUUUUUUUUAAAUAUGUUUAGGUUUGAAUUUAUGUAUAUUAAGAAAUGUUGUCUCCAAUGUAUUUCCAGUAUUAGAAAACUAAACACGAUUGUAUUUAUAAGAUGGUAUGUGGUGUUAAAACAUGCAUCUCCAAAGUACAAUUUUUAAAACACAAGUAACAUUUUCUAGCCUUUUGACAUUCUCAGAAGUCUAAUGAGCAGAUUUAUCUCAAAGAACUUGAAACCUUUAAAGGCUGCGUUACAACCACCCACAGGUAGCAUAAACCUUUCUAUUAAAAGGCUAAUAAAAUAGAAACAGUAGGUCCAGGGCAAACCCAUUUGAAUAUCCUUGUUUUAUGUGCCAGGUUUUGGUUGUGGUGUCUGGUGCAAGAACAGGUUGCAGUUAAAGCUAGUACAGAAACAAACGAAACGCAGAACAAGGAGGAUCUGACUAGAACUUAAGAAAACAACAGAUACACAAGAGGAGAAUGAAAGAGGAGGGAUGACUGGGAUUGGAACCAGAUGAGGCCAAUUGUCUGUGGAAGCAGCGGAAAACAAACUGGAUCAAUUACAGAAAACGUUAAACAACACGCAAAUAACAUGAGAAAGUGUAUAAACCUAACACAAAACUUAUCAAUACUAUAAGAAAACACAAACCAACCUUUCUAGCAUGAAUGGAUAAAAGCUCAAUUUAUAAAUAUACAUAUAUGAGCAUCUUUUUGUCUGCUUGACACAUAGUGUCUCUAGAUGUCAGAAGGUGUAUACCUUUUUAGAAAAUGUAGAUUUGGAGAUGCAUACUUUGAAACGAUUAGAUUUUUGUUUAUAUGGAUAAACUGUGCUUCAGUUUUUUAUGUCACUAAAAACUAAUUAAAAAAAAAA